GGGCUGUUGCUGUGCGAUCUCAUUGGCGGAGGGACAAUUGGCGGGCUGGAGCUGGAGGCAGCAAUGGCGGGCGGUGGCGGGUGUCGGCUGCAGUCUCCGCCCAGCAAGGUGCUGUCCGAGCAGCUGCGAGCGGCCGCCACACGGACCGGGCUGCCGGCCGCUUGGCUGUUGCAUCGGGCCGGUGACAGCGACGGCGGCAGGGCCCCGCUGGACGUGAGCGUGGUGUGGAUGCAGGGGACGGUGCUGGAUGUGCGGCCCGAGCACAACACCAGCCUACAGCUCCUCGACGAGACGGGCACCUUCACCGUGGUCGGUGCGGGCGGCGUCCCGCAUGGCAGGCCCUGCACUAACCGAGGACCAGUCCCGUCCAUUUACCGCUGGAUUCCUGACCCUCCCCUGGGUGAAACGCGGGGACGGAUGGUUCCGGGGCGUGCUGAGCACCGCACACCGCAGCCGCUGCAACUUUUACAUCAGUGGAACCGCGCCCACCAAUCCAACUAACCUUUUGCCCAGUUCGUGGGAUUAUAUCAGUUCCGAUCUUUUGGAUUGUUAGGAUUGCUAGGAGCAUUAAAGUAAGUCUUUAUGUCACUGGCCAACAAUAAUAAACAGUCUAAAGAAGUCUAGAUGACGGAGAGAAAAAAAACGCCUGUGGGCGGAUGAUUUUGGGUCACGGGCCGGAUCCAGCCCCUGGGCCAUAGGUUGCUGACCCCUGCAAUAGAGGCUUUGAGACUGAUGUCAGGUUGCAAAAUCAUUGGUCACAUAUCAACGUGAGGCUAAUUUUUGCACAGGACCUUUCAGGACCCAGGAAUGUGCCAAAGCACUUUCCCCUGAGUACUUUUAAAGCAGAGUUAUAGAGAGUCAUGCAUUACGAAACAGAUCCUUAGGCCAACCAAGUCAAGCCACUUUGUACUUAUCCACAAUGGACCCAUUUACCUGGAUUCGGUCCAAAUCCUCCUAUUCCUUAUCAAUUCGAGUGUUGGUCUUGCUGUUUAUAGAAUGUUGUGAGGGUAGUUGACCCCAUCACCCCCUCAGGCAAUGUGUUACAAACUCCAAUCAUUCCCGGGGUGGGUGGGAGAGGGGAAAUCCAUUUAAACCUCCCAGCUCUAUGCUCUUAUUUAUUAGGCUUCUUCACCAAGGGGAAAAAUUAUUGUUAUCUACUCCCCUCAUCAUUUAUAUACCUCUUCAUUUGUUAGCCAACUCCACUCCGUGAAUGUAAACCAGCCUAUUCAAUUUCUCCUUAUGACUGAAAUGGUGAAUCUCCUCUACAUUGUUUCCAGCUCAUCACAUCCUUCCUCUAAUGUGACCAGAACUGCACGUAAUGCUCCAGGUGUGGUCUGACCAAUCUUUUAGAUCAUUUACUGUCUAUGCCCUAUUCUGAUUUGAUCUUGCUAAAUGCAUCACUUGGCACUUAAUCUGAAUCAUAGUUGGCAAAACCACAGCAACCAGUGAGUGCAGAAAUAAGUCACUGAAAUUAAUGGGUUUACAAUUGCUUUAAUGAUUUCCAGUAGUUUCAAACAAUUAACUAUGCUGUGAUUUGGGUAUGCUUUAUUGCUCCUUGAUGAAUUGAAAAAUUGAUGUAAAUUCAUUAUAGUGACAAGUGUGGAAACAGGCCCUUUGGCCAACCUGCCCAUGCCAACAAACAUGCCCCAUCUACACUAGUCCCACCUGCCUGCACUUGGCCCAUACCCCUCUAAACCUAUCCUAUCCAUGUACCUGUCCAAAUGUCUCUUAAACAUUGCGUUAGUACCUACCUCAACUAUCUCCUCCGGCAGCUUGUUCCAUACACCCACCACCCUUUGUGUAAAAUAAAGUUACCCCUCAGAUUCCCAUUAAAUCUUCAUCCCCUCACCUUAAACCAAUGUUCUCUUGUUCUUGAUUCUGCUAUUCUGGACAACAAUCGCUGUGUAUUAAUUAAUCUAUUCCUGUCAUGAUCUUGUGCACAUCUGUAAGAUCACCCCUCAUCCUCCUGUGCACCAAGGAGAAUAGUCCUAGCCUGCACAACCUCUCCCUAUAGCUCAGCCCCUCGAGUCCUGGCAACAUACUCUUCUGCACCCUUUCCAGCUUAACAACAUCUUACCUAUAACGUGACGAAAACUGACCACUGUGAAGGCAGGGCUAUAACUCCACUUCCACACAUUAAAGUCAUGUUUAUUCACCAACAGUUCUUGAGCUUUGUUCACUUUGUGACAGCUCGCAUUAUGUUACACCAUUUGAAACAUAAUUUACACUUAAUAUGUGCUGUAUCUGUACAUGUUAAAAUAUUAAACACAAGUUCUGUCAACAUUCCUAACCUGCUGAGUGUCAGAGAUUAUGGGGUGAAGGCAGAUGAAUGUGGUUCGGAGGGAGAGAUAGAUCAGCCAUGAUUGAAUGGCGGAGUAGACUUGAUGAGCCGACUGGCCUAAUCCUGCUUCUAUCCCUUAUGAACAUGGGUACAUCCGGCACUUUUUGAUUUUUCACUGUCUAGUAAUGUUCUUUGAGCGUCAGACUUGGGACUUUGAGACCCUUCAUUACUGAAAUAUUUU